GCUACAGUAAAACAUGUCCCAGAGUAGGUGUGUGUCCUUGCUCCACUUCUGCAUGACUGUGGUCAGAUGGUUGCUCAUUGGCCACUUGGACUUUUACGUCAAUUAAGUUCUAUCUGAUUGGUGGAGGGUAAAGCCACAUGUUUAUGAUCAGCCAAUCGGAAGAGCUUGCUAGGAAAAAGCUACGGUGUGCUUGGAUUAGCAAUAGAGAUCAUGCUAAACACACGAAACUCUUCGAACAGAGGAGGUUAAGUUUGCAGGUUGCCCAAAAAUCGGCUUACAGACAGAACUAUGCCUGAAGACAGCAUGGACAAACCGAGUAUAGUAACGUGCACCGCUCCUGUGAAUAUAGCUGUCAUUAAAUACUGGGGGAAGAGGGAUGAAGAUUUAAUUUUACCCAUCAAUUCAUCUUUGAGCGUCACUUUGCAUCAAGACCAGUUGAAAACGACAACAACCGUUGCAAUCAGCCGAUCCUUUCAGGAGGACAGACUGUGGCUCAAUGGCAAAGAGGAGGACAUUACCCAUCAAAGACUGCAGUCCUGCCUGAGAGAAAUCAGACGACUAACGAGGAAGAGACGUACUGAUGGAGACGCUCGUUCGACCGAUUCGGUGGGAUUGUCUCAUAAAGUCCACAUUUGCUCUGUUAACAACUUCCCCACUGCUGCUGGACUCGCCUCAUCAGCAGCUGGAUUUGCUUGUCUUGUUUAUACUCUGGCUCAGGCAUUUGGUGUGGAAGGAGAGCUGUCUGGGAUUGCUCGUCAGGGCUCAGGCAGUGCCUGCAGAAGCAUGUAUGGCGGCUUUGUCCAGUGGAUCAUGGGAAGCAAAGAUGAUGGGAAAGACAGUGUUGCCCAGCAGGUGGAGCCAGAGAGCCACUGGCCUGAGCUCAGGAUUCUUGUUCUAGUGGCUAGUUCUGAACGGAAACCAAUAGGGAGCACCUCUGGGAUGCAAACCAGUGUACAAACAAGUUUACUGUUACAGCACCGAGCAGAGGCUAUCGUCCCACGUCGGAUGGUAGAUAUGAUCGAAGCCGUGCGAAGGAAGGAUUUUCCUGCAUUUGCAGAGCUGACCAUGAAGGACAGCAACCAGUUUCAUGCCACCUGCCUUGACACGCACCCACCUAUCUUCUACCUCAACAGUGUCUCCCAGCAGAUCAUUCACUUGGUGCAUCGGUAUAACAAAUACUGUGGGGAGACCAGGGUGGCCUACAGUUUUGAUGCAGGUCCCAACGCUGUGAUCUUCAUUCUGCAGCAGUUUGUUCCAGAGUUUGUGCAGCUGGUUCAGCACUUCUUUCCCCCAGACAGAAACGGAGAAGAUUUUAUUAAAGGUCUUCCCGUCAAGUGUGCUGCUCUUCCCAUGGAGCUGAAGCAGAAUAUUGGCCUAGAACCCGUUCCAAAGGGAAUCAACUACAUAAUUAGCACAAAGGCUGGACCAGGCCCUCGUGUUGUUGACGAUCCUUCUCAGCACCUCCUCUCAGCAGAAGGUUUACCAAAGAAGACUGUCUGAGAAGCCUCUCUCACCAAGAAGCUAAUUCUGCUCAGCGGCAAUAAAUCUUACUUGGCAGAUCUGAAAUUUACAAGAUGAAGCAUUUUAUUAUUUUUGUAUGAAAAAAAGAAUAUGUUUUUUGUAAGAUUUUGCCACACAAUAAGUCCCUUUAGCUGAUGGUCUUUAAAAAAUGCCACAAAAUUUUUUUUUUUUGAAUAUGCCGUUAGCUAGAAAGUCACACUGUAAAUAAAUGUGUCUGGUACCAACUUUGUUUUUAUUUUAAUGUAUAAAUCUAGUCAAGGGUUAAUUCUUGAUCUUUUGAAAUUUUAUGUAUUUUUCAUAAAUAUUUUUAUUUUCAUUAACUUCAGCGAUGUUGAUGCAAAUAAUAAAA